AUGGCGCCCUCGCAGCGUCGGUCAACCCGACCUGUGCGUUCCAACCGCACGAGGGUUGAAACGUAUGAGGAGAGCAUGUCGGAAGAUGAUCCCAACGAUCUCUCGGAAUUUGAGUAUGAUCAAGCCUCGCGCCGGUCAUCGUUAUCGCUGCGUCCACGCAACCCGUCCGGGAUGCCGAGGACAUACCGCGAAGAGUCCACUGAUGGCAGCUCGGAGGAGUACCCGGAUGACAGUGACUCUGACCUUGCUCCAUCCGGACCUGCCGAUCCCCCCAGCCAUUCGACACAUCCUGUUAUCGAAUUGGAAGCUACCACCACGACUCCCUCGCGUCCCUCCCGGCCGCAGUCCACGAGCCGGGCCAGGGCCCCUGCCCGGCGAAAUCAAGCCAAAAGGCCACGCAAACAAAUACGAGGCCAGCUGGGCAAGCCUCUGCGCAAAAGGGCCAAAGUUGGCACGGAAGCACCCACCAUUAUCGGAUCAGGAGUGAUCCCCCCUUGGCAAACCUUGCCUUACCAAAUUCUCUUUGAUAUCUUUCUGCGCGCGUCUUAUCCACUUGUCGAUGAAAUGACCAUGACUAGGAACUCCUCGAUCCAAUGGCUCCUGGAUAUUGCUCUACUGUGCCGGAGUUUCUCCGAGCCUGCUCUGGCGGCACUGUACUAUUGUCCGCCAUUGCUCCCCACUCAUAGAAGCCACGGCUUAAUGAAUCUCCUGUCAAAACCGCAGGAGACACUUUCCACCAACUACUCCAACAAGAUCAGAGAACUCAAUGUGGAUGUAGAAACCAUUCUUCUUUACAAGAGUGGGCCCACUCUCGGUUACUUCAAUCUUGACAAAUUGAUUGAAAAGACACCUCUAGCACGACAGAUGCGGCUGUACCACAAAGAGGAUUACAUUGUAGGUUUGCCUCAAUGGAGCAUUCCGCAGUCGAAGUGGAGUUAUCCGGACUCGCUCUUCUCCACCAUGGCAGACACGCAGAUCUUUCUUCGCAGCUGGGAUUGGAACACCCGUUUCCUUGAGACGGACGCUCUGCUCAAGUUUAUGCGUGAGAAACAUGCUUUAUCCAGUUUUCAAAGCCUGAGAGAGCUCCGGCUGCUGCAUUUCAGUGACAAGGAUCGAGAGGAUGUCUCCGAAAGUGAGGACAUCCUUGUCGAAGCCCUCCAGUUGCUCCCGGACCUCCAACGCCUUGCUUUCCUAAAAUGUUCUUUGGUCGAUUCAACCCUAAUGCUCAAGCUGCCCUCGAACCUUCGAUCUUUCACUCUCGACAACUGCAUUCACAUUUAUUCGACGGACCUGAUUUCCUUCCUCUCAUCUCACGGCGGGAAUCUUCGGGAGCUUAUUCUCAGCCACAACCGACACCUCAACAUGUCAUACAUGACUGUUCUUGCCCAAUCCUGCAGUAAGCUGGAGAGGUUGAAGAUGGACAUCUCUAUGCACGACAUGUCCAGUUUCCGCGAUCUUGAGCCCCAUUUCCCGCACUUGCUUUGCGAGAAAGAGGUUGCAACGUGGCCCCCAAAGUUGCAAGACAUCGAAUUAAUCCAACUUCGGCGGUGGGACGAUACCCUGGCCGAAACCUUCUUCACAUCCCUGAUCGAUGCUGCGCCGAGUCUUCCGGACCUGCGACGCCUGGUCAUUAGCGCAAUUCUGAAGAUCCAAUGGCGCGAACGUGCACAUUUCCGCGAGAAGUGGAUUGCUAAGCUGGAAGGAGUUUUUCUCCGCCGCAGCAAGCCCCCGAAUCCCAACCUUCGUUCUCUGCGAAAGCGCCCGGUGGGCCCGAGCGAGCCAGCCGUGCAAGACGAUUCCACUGUCUCUCCCGAUCUCGCAGUCUCAAAAAAUGAGCCGGGCGCGCCACUCACCACGUCCAAGCGCCAGAGUUCACGUCUUGCUCAGCGCAAAUUUUCCGAGGCGGAAGAUUCGGCCGAGUCGGAGGGCGAGGAAUCUAAAAUGGGCAAUAUACAGGGGAUGUGUGAUAUUGUGACGAUUCGAAUUGAUAACCAACGGCCGACGGACACGCAAUUCAACGAGGACGAUUUCCUUGAUACCGAACGGAGCGGCGACGAGGACUGGAAUGAGUGA